UUGGUCGGGUUCUUUACAAUGUAUUUAAAGUGUGGUGUAUUUCGAAAACGAAAUUCUAUAUUAUGUAUAUUUAUGUUUAAUACGUAGUUUUAAUAAUUAUCAGAUUCUAAAACAUCUAGUGUUUGUGAGGAAUCGAUUUUCUCAGGAGAUUAUAACAUAAUAAAAAACACUUGUUCAGACAGCCAUGGACAAACAGAAUGGAUCAUACCCUCCGCCGCAGGCUAUUUCUGCCGACGAGGCUGCGUUCCGACUGCCGCCGCCGUCAUAUGAAGAGAUAAUGGGUGUCUACCAGACAUCUGUGAAAACUGAACAGCAGACCUCGGAUAUACCACCACUUGCAUAUAUAGACAUAAUGCCAAGGUGUCUUAAAGCUGGAAACAUCGCUGGAAAAGUGGCGCCAACAUUUGAUGACUACAGCGCUAUUGUUGAAGCAGCUAACCGCUGGCUACAGGACAAUCCAGGCCUCACUGCUUGGAAAUGCGAAUCUAUUGUAAGAAAACUUACGCCAGCCAAGGACGGCACAAUUAGCUAUGAACUAAAUGAAAUGUUGAGGCACGAUGCUACAUUUGGAUUCACUGUUUACAUAAAAGGAAUACGAUUAUGGUUGACGAAGAGAUCGAACCCUGGUCCUCCGCAACAACUGGGUAUCAAAACUGUUGUACCGGAAAAAGUCACUAUAGAGGUUCCAGUCAACAGAUACAGACAUGGCCGCGGAAGGAUUAUUAUCGCAGGUGAAGUGGUCCAACAUCUUCAUACUUACACUAUUACAACUUUUGAAGGCUUUGAAGAUACAAUGAAAAGACUUCGAGGAAAGUUGGCAGAAGACCCGAUUCAAGGUGAGGUUUUAACAAUAGACACGGACAACGUGAAGGCAUAUGAAGGAAUGCAAAAGAAUUUUGACCCAGAAAGCACGUGCUGGUCGGAGAAUAAAGAUAAAUCCCGAAGGAAUACUCAAGUUAUCAGGAUAUUCUACGUCAAAGGCUCUCCGAAGAUGGAAGAAAUAGGUUACACGGAGAUAAUACCAGAUGUGAUUGAACAGCCGGAAUCAGCAACAAAACAGGGGAAAUUUGAAACCUUUGAUAACGUUAUAGUUACUCUUAGCCAAUGGGUAUCCAAAAAUCAGGGUCUACACGUUGUGAACAUUCAACAAUAUGACGCCAAUGUCAAAACAUCUCUACGUGUACGGAUCUACUCGGUAGAGACGGUGGAACUUCUGUUCAGCGAGAACAAUCCUUGUGGUACGGACUAUAUACGUUCAGAAUACACAGUUCAUGCUCUCUCUGGCAAACAUUGGCUUACUGCUAUCAGGGUGUAUUUUUGUGGGGCCUACACCGAGCCGGACCCAGCCUUGUUACCUCCACUUCCGGAAUUCAAAACAGGAUCCAGUUCGUGUUCAAUACUGUGAUAAGAAGCAUGCACUUCGCAAUAUUAUGCUGAAGCUAUCUGUGAUAGAAAAUUAUGUUUCAUAUACAUUGUAAAACGAUUGCAGGUUCGUUGAUCGAACAUGAUAUACAUGUAACUGUAACAAUAAUACAUUAAUAAUGACUGUUUAUAAAGAUAACAUAUUUGUCCUAGUACUUAAAUAUGCUUCAAAAUAAACGUGCAGUGUGAAGUGCAAAGGUGAAACAUGACAUAAAUUUAAUUGCAUUGAUAUGAGCUCAGAUGUUUAUGAGUGGAAAAACAUUU